UAGUAUCGAUUCAUCGUCAGUCAGUUAACGUAAAAUCAUGUUUGACAAAAUCAAACGUUUAAAGUGUAUGAAUGUAUUGUUUAUGAUAUUAAUAGCGAUUAUUAUUGUUAUAACACUGACACUAGUCCUGUGGCCAAACCUAUUGUCUAUCGGCACCAGCGGUGGCCAAAUGUCGGCCACUAGACUAUCAUCGGUUGACUAUAAAGUCUACGGUCGAGUUCAAGGUGUCUUCUUCCGAAAGGUCAGUACUACAGCUAAUUUGUCCGAUCGGUGUCCGAUGUUUGUCACACACCCGGCCCGGGAAUUAGGUGUUGUCGGUUGGGUUCAAAACCAUAGGGACGGCACAGUUAUCGGUACUGUUCAAGGAUUGACACCAAUUGUCCACCAAAUGAAGCAAUGGCUACUAUCGGAGGGCAGUCCAUACGGUAGUAUCGAUAGAUGUGUGUUCACUAACGAGAUGGCCAUCACUGACAUGGAGUUUAAAACAUUUGAUAUCCGCUAAAAUAGUUUAUUUUAAUUGAUGGAAAUUUUUUGUAAUUUUAAAUUUAUUAUUAUAAUUAGAAAAUUGUUAAUUUA